GCCGUGGGAUAACUGACACCUUUGAUUGUCAACGCAAAUUACUCAGCAGUCAGAGAUAACGUGAACUUUGACUGUUUCACACUUUGGAAUACUAAGACUUGCAGUAAAAUGUGGCAUAAUGGAAGAUUACAGAAACCAUGGAUUUUACCAGAAAUACUUGAUUAUGAUGUGUCGUCUCCUGUAUCUAACAAAGAACCACGUUUUCUACAAAUUGUGAAGAAAGAAGAAGGUCCGUGUCCAGACGGUAGCAUUGUUGUGUUGGUCACAGAUGGCAAGUGGGACAUCAAGGCAGUCUUAACACAGGAAGCUCUGAAGGAGUUCCAAGAGGAAGAAAGAUAUUCUGAAGAAUAUUUUCAUUGUUCUAAGAUAAUAGCAAGGAAGUAUCACUUCAGUGUGGUUUACUCUGACAUUAAGGAAAAUUCAGAGUUUUUCCUGGUAGUGACAGAGCUUAAAUUUUGGACCUGUCUGCCUGGACAUUACCGUAAAAAUCCUGGAAUAUUGUGUAAUACUGUUCCGGAGGUCAGGCAAAAAUUGGAGAAAGGUUGGAUACAGUGGAAGGCAAACAGAUCAGAAAAAACUCGACAGUGUUGGAACGAGGAAAAUGCAGCACUGUCUGAGCUCAUGGGACAGUUUACACAGCCAGGUUCACAGAGACUGCUAACACAAUGUGGGUUGUCACAACUAACACAAUCUUGGACAAUGCCGUCACAACUAACACAAUGUAGAGAAGCAAAGCAGUCCAACCUGUCCAGAGAUGCACCUAUUCCACAUAUUGAAGAACCAGAGUCUGAUGCUACCAUUACUGAUCCUAAAAAUGGCCUGGGCAGAAAGCCAGACGACCAUAUUCACCACACAGUGACUUCUGGGCCCCUUGGAGUGACCCUUGACCCUGGCAUGACAUUGGGAGCUGGAGAUGGACAUCAUAGUCAAGAGCUUCCUGUUCAACUGACCAGUGACUUCAACAUCCACUAUUAUCUAGCUGCUGAGCCAGUUUUCCAGCUCCUUGAAACAGUGAAGAAAAAUUUAUCAUCAAACCUAGUGGCUGUCCCACCAGACUCUGGGAUUACCCCACUAGGUUCUGAAGAGGCACCGAAUAUCCCACUGGACAUUGGGGAUGCCCCAGUAAAUACAGGGGAUGUCCCACAAGGUUCAAGCAUUGUGCAGUCUGGUUCAGAAAAUGUACUAGUGGUUCAAAAAGAAAGUCGAUUACAAUCCAAGUUUGUGACCUCUGACCUUGGAGUGACCCUUGACCCUGGAGUGACCUUGGGAGCUGGAGAUGGUCAUCAUAGUCAAGAGCUUCCUGUACAACUGACCAGUGACUUCAACAUCCACUAUUUCCUGGCUGCAGAGCCAGUUUUCCAAAACCUUAAAACAGUGGACAAAAAAUCAUCAUCAGGGCAAGUGGUUGCCUCACUGGAUUCUGAGAUUAUCUCACUAGGUUCUGAACAUGUCCUGGAUGCCCCACAAGGCUCAAGCAAUGUGCAAUCUGGUUCAGAAAAUGUUCCAGUGGUUCAAGAAGAAAGUGGAUUACAAUCCAAGGAUGUCCUGCCUCUGAACCCUGCUGAGCAUGAAAAAUCUUCACUUGCGGCUGUGUCAACUCCAGAUCUUCCAGUACAACUGAACAGUGUAUUCAGCAUGGGAGAGUUUAUCAUCAGUGAGGCAGGACAGGCAUGUUUAGACAGGUUGAAAGAAUGGCAGCCUGGUUUUCAUCCUCGUACAUCUCCUUCUCACCACACUACGUCUGCUAGCUCCCCACUGAGAGGUGUCCAGAUAGAGGGCGCUGUGAGUGAACCACCUGAUGUGACAGAGGACGGAGAAAGACCAGAGGCGCAGUCUGAUCAGGGUGGUGCUCAGGAUGUGGGCGAUGGUGUUUGCAGAAAGAGAAAAGCAGGUUGUCAAGAUGAGAGUCCUGAUGAAGAUGAUACUGGAGGGAACAGGUUGAAGAAGAAGGGAAGAAUGACCUCUGGGAUUGAAUUAGAAGAAAAGUUGUCAACAGAUGGCGCUGAUGUUGCCAUCGUGUCCAAUCAGCAUGAAGCUCUUAAGAAAAAAUGUUUAGAUGAUGGUGAAAGAGAAAUGCAUAUUAUUCAGACAUCUCACAUAGGAGACGGACAAGAACAAUCACCAGAAGCUAUGCUGGGAGCUGAUGUGGGGGAAUACAUGGACAAAGUGGUCUUUUCCUUUGAGGGACAUCCUUCACAAGACCCAAGUCCUCAAGAUAUAGGUCAAGGUCAGGGUGAGAAAGGUCAAGGUCAGGGUGAAGUAGGUCAAGGUCAGGGUGAAGAAGGUCAAGGUCAAGAGAUGAGGGAUCAGGUUAUGAAUGAGAAGGAACUUCAUGAUGAGACUGUAGUUUAUCAGUCAACACUGUUAUAUGGAGACACAGACGAAACCAGACCACAUUUUCUGCCGUCCCCUUUGAGAGUCUCAGAUGAUGAAGAAGCCAAGAGAUUGAACGACAUGCUACAUUCUGCCGAAUACAGCGGAGAACGGCUGUUUUCUUCUGAUGACAGCGAGGCAGAGGCUCAGUCGCACUCACAUGAUGGAAAAUCCCAGCGCCUGGUUGGACAGAAAUACAUUGUUAUUUCUAGUGGAUCAGAAGAGGAAAACCAUGGUAGUCCUUUGUUGAGGAAUAACGAGGAAGAAGAAGAGGAAGAAAAUAGAUUAGAAAAAUUAAGAACCCCUGGAACAUUGUCUGUUGGACCACAGGUGGAAACUUCAGGUGUUUUGGUUGUUGAGGGUAACAUCAGUAAUAGAGCUGAGGCAUUAAUGGCUCAAUGCCAUACAGAGACAUCCCAGGUUCCAGUAAAACCGUCUCAGACUGAGAGCCAAUCCCAGACUAAAUCCAGCCGUGACCCAUCCCAAGUCUAUCCCAGUGCCAUCCCAACACAGACUGAGGCACAAGGUGCCCCCUCUCAGAGACAAAAGAAAGGUGUGGCUGGCAUGUUAAAGUAUAGAGACCCUAGUGCACUGUACAAUACCAAAACAAAACAUGAAAAUAAAGGUAAAAAGAAGGGGAGAAAGCUGUUUACUAUGGACCCAGGACCUCUUAUGGGAGAUGAUGAUAAACAUGUAGAAAUGUCUUCCAGUAAAGAAAUUCAAGCUGGCACAAUUCCUAAAAGCUUGUUGGGAAGGGCACAGUUGUUGAGUCAGAAUAAUCUGCCACCUGGUAACAGGAAUGUAUCAGAAAAUCCACCCAUCACAAGUGGCAGAGGCACACAUGGUAGUGGAGAGCAGUUUGUGAACAGUACAGGCAAUUCCAGUUGUGCAAUUCUGGGUCAGACAUCCUGUAAUGGAGUUUCUGUUUUGGAAGGCAAAGAAAACAACAGUGAAUAUAUUAUUGAUGACACCAACAAUUCUGUUGUUUUUGUUGAAGAUGCACACACUACCAGAUCCCAAACACUGAAAAGUACAGGCAUUUCCAGUUGCACUGAUGUGGAUAGUGUACAUAGUAAUAGUAUGAACAGAGUCGUGGAUAGCACUGUUUCUGAUACACAGUUUGACGAUUUCAAUACAAACUUUGUGAGGAGACACUUGAGCUGUAAAGCCAGCACCCCAGUAAAAUCUCUGCCAGACCAACAACAGCAAGAUGAUGUUGUGCACACUUCUGAACAUAGUGAAGAUAAUGAUGUCAUACUCAUUGGGGAAUAUAGUCCAGAGUUUGUUGGAGCUUUGCAAAAGGAAUACCAUCAUUUGCCCAAAAGUACUUUCGACAGUGUGCAAUUAAAUGAGCUGAAAUCAAAGUCUGACUCAGAGCAAGAUCCACUGGUGCAAAGUACAAGUGAUACGAAUGACAAUGUCACCUCUGCAGUUGUAACAGUUGGAGAAUAUAUCAAAAGAAAGAGAGAUGAGCUGCAUAGUAAACAAAGAUCGGAGCAGCAAAAGAUGGACAGCAUGCAGGAAGGAGAUGAGAGCUCUCUGGAAUUUGGACAAAGACUAGUGUCGUCUGCUGAAAUGACAGAAACCAGGUCAAAUGAAAGUCAGACACAGAAGCAAGGUCAGUCAGCACUCCAAGACAAGCUACUGAAUCUGAAGUUUUCAGACAAUACCAUGACCUUCAUUAGGAAAGUAUUCCUCAGGAAAAGGCCAUCGAGCUAAACAUAUCAGCCAAUUACUCGUGGAGGAAUAACCAACUUGUUGAUGCCCAGAUAUGUUUUUAUGUACAGACACAGAUGUCGUCGCUGUGCACUUUUACCGAUAACACGAUAAGUGGAAAACCGUUU